AUGGCUACACCUCCCGACCGGCCUCCCUCGUACGAGCAGGCGACGGGCUCAGGCUCGAGCGCCGCCUCCACCUCGGGCUUCCCGUCGCGGACAUGCAACGGGAUCCCCCUCCGCGCGCGCCGCAGCAUGGAAGACGAGCUGAGGGCGUUGCCGGCGGGAUGGGUGCGCGAGUUCGACCCCAAGUCGCAGCACCAGUUCUUUGUCGAUGUCAACACUAGCCCGCCGCGCUCCAUCUGGCACCACCCCUACGACGACGAGCAGUACGUCAGCUCGCUGCCGCCGGCCGAGCGCGACCGCAUCCGCCGCCAAGGCAUCACGGGGCUAGGCCGCCGCGGCCCCAGCAAAGACGACAUUGCCAUCGAGUCGACCGACGACGAGGCCGCCGCCGCCCACGCCGCGGCUCUGGCUGACGAGGCCGGCGGCAGCGACCCCGGCGUGCAGCUGUCGGGCAGGCGAGGGGGCCACCGCCGCUUCGGCCGCAAGCUCAAGGACCGGCUGACGGGCACGACGCACGAGGAGCGCGCCGCCGAGCGCGAGCGCCGCACCCAGAUGGAGCGCGACCUCUACCGCCAACACCAGAUCCUGCGCCGCGGCAUGUGCGACGCCAUGGCCUCGGGCGAGCCGCAGCUGCUCGGCGAGGACGACGACCGCAACCGCGUCUACCUCGAGCCCCCCGGCCACACCUUCCCCGGCGUCUCCCACGUCAAGCCCCUGAGCCCCUACAUGCUCGAGGUAUUCUACGAGGGCGAGGAUGGUCACAGUAGUGAUGGUGACGUCCGCCGGAAGAGCAGCGACAAGGGCCAUGGCAGUGCCGGCAGCAGCGAGCCCCGCUAUGUCCGCCCAGAUGGCGGCAUGUAUGGCUACGGCUAUGGUGGCUACGGUUGCGGCAAGUAUGGUGGCGGCCGCUGGGAUGCUCCACGGGCAUCAUACGGCAGACCCAAGGGCGACGGCUAUGGCGGCGGGCUAGGUUUCCCCCUGGUGGCGCCCAUGCUGGGCGGCAUGGUGCUGGGCGGGCUGACGGGGCUUAUGAUUUGA